GUGAAAUUCUGGGCCAUUACCUUAACAUCCUCUAGUCACAUAUAAAGGUGUACGUUAUUAGAAAGGGCAGCCGGCGUAAAUGAAGUUAUGGUGGAUUCUAUAUAAACUGACGGGGAGACAACCGGAAGUGGCAUUGCUGGACAUACUUGCACAGCGGUUGCCAUGGCUUACGAAAAAAUUCUUCUGCCCUUGACCAUCUUCACGUUUCUGUGUAUGUUGCAGGUCAGUGAAGGAGGCUUAAAUGGGAAGUUAGUAUCAAUGUUAAAGAAGAAAUCUGAUAUUUGUACAAAAACAGAAGGUGUUUCGAUGUCUCAAAAGGAACAAAUGGAUAUGGUUGCACAGAAAUGCCCUCAAUCAGAAUCUGGAAAGAAAGCUCUUUUAUGCGUCACUAAAUCCGCUGGCAUGAUAAACCCUGAGACUUGCCAGGUAAACAUUGAAGGCGUGAAAGAAAUGAGUAAAAAGUUUGGUCGCAACAAACCAGAGAAAGAGAAAAUGAUUAAAGCUGGAAAUACUUGCCAGGCUCAAGUCGCCAAGAAGAUAAAGUCAUGUGAGCCAGUCACAGAAGCCUCUGAUGUUAUUUGCAAGUGUCUGAUGGCUCAAAAGAUGUUUUAAAAUACGCAAUCUAUACUUAAAGCCUUCAAAAUAAGCCAAGUCCUCAUUCUACCAGAAGAUUUCAACACGUGAGCAACGUUUAUGUUUAAGAAAGCAUGUAACUUUCGAAAUUUAAAUGAAAUACAACUUGGCUAAAUUUGUCAUUUAUGUAAAUUAUAAUGUGAAAUAAAAAUAUUUAAAAUUAA